UAUAUCUUCAACGCGGGAAAACACGAAGUGCGCGGCAUGGGCGCGUGCCUCAGUCGCGUCACCCUCGUGGGCCCGCAGUAUUCGACGACCGAUGGCAUGCAAGCGCUCUUCCACUCGCUUGGGUUCACUGUGCACGACACCAACCGUCUUUACAACGCCUUUCUGCGGGCAGACGCAGACAACACGGGCGGGCUUUCGUUCGUCGAGUUUCUCACUUGCUUUGAUCUCGACAAUACCGAGUUUACGAAAAAGACAUUUACGAUGAUGGAUGUCGAUGGCAACGGCGACGUGGAUUUUGAAGAAUUUGUGCUCGCCAUGUGGAAUUUCUGUCUCUUCUCCAAGGAAGCGCUCAUUGGGUUCUCGUUUGGCCUCUACGACGAAGACGGCAGCGGCGAGAUUGACACGCUCGAAGCCCAGCGCUGCCUGCGCGAAGUCUGGGGCGACAAGUGGCAGCACAAUCCGCACGCGAGCACAAUUAGCGAAAAGCUUAACCUCCUCGCCCACCUCCACGGCGGCUCGAUUACAAAAGACCAAUUUGUCAAAUUCAUGCAUUCGCACCCGAUUUUGCUCUUUCCCGCCUUUCAAGUCCAACACGAAAUGAUUGCGCGCAUGUACGGCGAGUCGUUCUGGCGGCGCAUCGAAGACCAGCGCCAGGCGCACAAGACAAAGCCCGAGCCGUGGCCGACCGACGACGAGAUUUUGGAUCGCUUCAACGAGUACCACAACCAAACGAUCUUCAACGGCAUUGAGCAUGCGCCCCUCUCCGAGGGCGCGCCAGUCCGCGACUACAAAUUCAAAGAGUCGUUUCGAACCAAACAAGCCAGCAAGGGACCGGCCAAAAAGUACAAGAGCCCGACUAAAAUCGCAGUCGCCCCCGCGGGUCGAAAACCCUCGAUCCGGGAGACUCUGCGGCAGCAAUCGAUGAAGCUCGCGGCCAGGAUACCCAAAGGAGGAGCAAAAAAAAACACUUGAGAGCGUCGUCACUCGACGUGUAAAUACUUUAACGCGUGCACGAGUCCAUUCAA